ACCGAUCAGUCCCGCACAGGCGGAGUCAACAGUAAACCGCCAGUUUAUCAAAUCAGUCUAUACGCAAUAAGUCAAAUCUCAACAAGCUGUACAGGAAGGUCGCCUCAAUUCGAGGCUCCGGUGUCCCCGGGAACACAAACAUUCACCGCAGUCUCCUCAUCAUGGCACUGGCUGGAGUGAGGGUUAUCGAACUGGCCGGUCUGGCUCCAGCACCGUUCUGUGGCAUGAUCUUGGCAGACUUUGGAGCCAAGGUGAUCCGCGUGGACCGCACCAAGAUGGCCACAGCUAUUGACACACAGUCCCGGGGCAAACAGUCAGUGGCCAUCAACCUGAAGUCCACAGAGGGUGUAACUUUGCUCAGAAAGCUCUGUGUCCAGUCUGAUGUGGUCCUUGAACCUUAUCGUAAAGGUGUGAUGGAGAAGCUGGGCCUUGGUCCAAAGGAGCUGUUAAAGGAAAAUCCUCGUUUGGUGUAUGCUCGGUUGACAGGGUACGGACAAACUGGAACCUAUGCCACCACAGCUGGUCACGAUAUUAACUACCUUGCCAUGUCAGGGCUUUUGUCCCGGCUGGGUCGCAGCGGAGAAAAACCCUACGCGCCAUUGAACCUGUUAGCCGAUUUUGCAGGCGGGGGCCUUACGUGUGCCCUGGGGAUCGUCGUAGCGCUGCUGGAGAGAACAAAGUCGGGGAAAGGACAGAUCAUUGAUGCUAGCAUGGUGGAAGGAGCCGCAUAUGUCGGUUCAUUCGUGUGGAAAUCGCGUCGUCUCGGUCUGUGGGACGGCCCUAAAGGCGAGAACAUGUUGGACAGCGGAGCACCUUUCUACGAUACCUACCAGACCUCGGACGGAAAGUACAUGGCUGUGGGCGCAAUAGAACCACAGUUCUACAAACAACUACUAAAAGGUUUAGAGUUGGAUGCUGGGAAACUGCCAGAUCAGAUGAGUUUCAGUGGCUGGCCAGAGCUGAGACAGAUCUUCACUGAGCGUUUUGCUUCAAAAACCCAGGUGGAAUGGUCAAGGAUUUUUGACGGGACUGAUGCCUGUGUUACACCUGUGUUGUCUUUUGACCAGGUGAGCUCACAUCCACAUAACAAGCAAAGAGCUUCUUUUAUCAAAGACUUCAAUGGGGAAGAGAGCCCCCGGCCAUCCCCGGUUCUGUCUCGGACCCCUGCAGAGCCUUGUCUUGCCUCUGAUCCUGUUAUUGGAGAACACACAGUUGAGGUCCUGCAGGAGUACGGCUUUACAUCAGCAGAGAUAAACCAGAUGCUUGCAGCAGGGGUUGUAGUGUGUAAUGCUGUCAAAGCAAAGUUGUAGAGGAGUUAAUGUGAAAAGUUAGUUUGAGCCAAUUUCUAUAAAUAACUUUCAGAUACAGAAGAAAUGACAAGAGAAGCUUAACCUGGUGAUGUCAGAUCAAGUGAGAGAUUAAAAAAUAGUUUUAAAUGAAAAGCAUUUAAAGAAAUGUACUUUCUUUUCAUAUGCAAGAAGUUCUGAUGGAUAGAAAUAAAACUGGUGAACAUGAAAUAUUUCUUCAAGUCCCAAAACUAACUCCUGACAAGGAACAAGAAUUCUAAAGGCUUUAUAUCUUCAAGCAUCACUUGCGCCUCACUCCAGUCCAGUAUUUGCUAUUUCUUUUGAGUGCCACUGCUUUGAUUUGAAAGUGUUAAAGGUUGAUUAAUUAAUUUGUCACAUCGGUUUAUCUGUUUUUGUGCCAUCUCAUUUAUUCACACGUAUUUUUUAUUUUUCUUAUGCUAGUUUAGAAAAAUAAAAUAAAGUAAUUCUAGGCAAUAUUGUCUGUAAUGACCUUAUGUUUCCUUUCCUAGUAAAAGUUUGGAAGAAAAAAAAGCAUCUUGUAGCUUUUACAUUUCAUUCUGAUCUCUCCUUUUGUUGCCAUUUUGCAUAAACAGCCGCAGCACGGCUGCUGUCGUUACCCAGUGGAAUUUUCUUGAUUUUUGCUUUUGAUGAUUCUGAAAUAAUGAUCUUUAUCUGCUUCCCUGCAGACUGGGCAUGAUCCUGGUUAAAAAGUGGUAUUUGUGAUCCACAUUCAAAUUCCAGGCUCGUUGUUUUCGUUUGACAACAGAAGAUGUGAGUUAUGUAAAUGAGAACGACUUUAUCUAUAUUACAACGCCGUGCAGGUAAACACGAACCGCAGGAGGGGACGCAGCUCACAUAUCUCCCUUUUGUUCACCACCAUAACUGUAAAAGCUACUGUUCUGUGUAAUGUUCAUUUUAAGUGGGUUGUCAAGACAUCCAGAUAUUUAUGCACGCUCAGAUGUGAAGUCUGAGCUUCAGAGAUGCACGCUGCUCUGGCAGAAUGGAGAGAAAUCAGCUUGACUCCUGCUAGGAGGGGGCUUAGUAACAGGUCCGUGUAUGCUUUGUGUUCAUACUAACUGCAAGCGAAGGCAGAUCUUUACAUAAUGCAUUGGAGUUGGUAAAAGUUUACCAAAGCAAAGUGAAAGGGUCUUAUUCCAGCUGUCAGCCAGGUGAGAGGCAGGGUUCAACAUCACAGGGCCACAAAUCGAGACAGAUGAAGCACUCACUCCGAUCAGCCUAACCUUCCUCUGUGGGAGGAAGCUGGAGAAAACAUGCACACACGGGGCGCAAACCACAGAUUUUCUGAAAUCAAAAGAAGAAAACACCUCAGGGAGAAAAUGCAAUGUUGGAGAUAUUUAAUUUGUCCACUCAUUAAAAAUCUUUUAUUUAUUUUAAUUCAUUAAUUUGUAUUCACCUCUACGAGAGGCAGUCAUUCAUUCCAUCAUUAUAGGCCAGCGGUGCUGCCUAACAUGAAAUAUUGAAGUGAUGGUACUUAUGAUGUUACCUAAUGAUAAUUAAUGACUUUCACUGAUGUGAAAGGCCAAAGGAGCAAAAUAAGACAAAUUAUUUUCUAGUGUUUAUAAGCCUCCACAACAUCUGCUUCAGAGUGCAGGUCUGUAAAUAAUGAAAAACUAAAUCAGUCAUUCCCACAAAAAGUACCUGUAAACAAGAUAGAUAUAUAGAUAUAUAGAAAUAGGUAAAACAGUCACACACAUUUAACAUAUAACGUGGAAUAAGUUACAAAUAAAUGUUUUUCUGCUAUGAACAGCAUGAAUGAGAUGUUCACAAAAAACAGUGUGACCCUGAAUCAGCUACGAGAAGUGAAAUGCUGGAAUGACUUUGUAGUCAGUCUUUCAAGUUAAGCCUAUGGAUUUGAAGUAAUAGGAUGCAGCGCAGAUUAUAGGUUUAUUCCACGGUGCAUUUUGUCAUGAGCUAAGUAGCCAACUUACAUGUAGUUUAGCCGUGAAGCAGGAGAAAACUGAACAGUUUAAUGGUUAGGUCUUUCCAGACACCCACGCAAACACAUAGACUUUUCUCAUGUCGGAUAGUUUGUUUCCACAUCGCUGAGGGUUUAACUACUCUACUACUAAUACUCUAUUAUAGACGUGAGGUGACUGGAAUGUGUGAUGAUGAAUUCACUUAAAUAAAAUCAUUUUGGCAGAGCAA